UGCUGUGAACGCUGGCAUAGUACCUCGUUUGGUCAAAUUGGCAGUAAAAGGCCUAUUUUUUUAAUACCAUGUGCAGGCCGUGUCGGCCACGUGGGUGUGCCUCACCAAAUCCAGUGUGGGCUUCCAAUGAUGUGAACUCUGCCAAAAAACAGAAGAGGAAGAAGGAAAGGACAGUUUCUGAUGAUCAAGUUGGGGAUAUUCAGGAGAGUGGUGAUUUCCUCAUCAAACCAGAGUCCAAAGUUGCCAGUCUGGACACAUCUCAGUGGCCAUUGCUGUUGAAAAAUUUUGACAAACUCAACAUUCGGACAGCUCACUACACACCUUUGCCAAAUGGCUCAAACCCUUUGAAGAGGAGCAUUCAGGAUUAUGUUCGGACAGGCUUCAUCAACUUGGACAAGCCUGCAAAUCCCUCCUCUCAUGAGGUGGUGGCCUGGAUCCGACGUAUCCUGCGAGUGGAGAAGACUGGCCACAGUGGCACCCUGGACCCCAAGGUGACCGGCUGCCUCAUUGUGUGUGUGGACAGAGCCACACGACUGGUCAAGUCCCAGCAGAGUGCAGGCAAAGAGUAUGUGGGAAUUGUUCGGCUGCACAAUGCUAUUGAGAAUGAGCACACACUUGCUAGGGGAAUUGAAACCCUCACAGGUGCUUUGUUCCAGCGACCACCUCUCAUCGCAGCCGUUAAGCGCCAGUUGAGAGUUAGGACCGUUUAUGAAAGCAAACUCAUUGAGUAUGACCCAGAGAGGAGAUUGGGUAUUUUCUGGGUGAGCUGCGAGGCGGGGACCUACAUCAGGACCCUGUGUGUCCACCUGGGGCUCCUCCUGGGUGUUGGUGGUCAGAUGCAGGAGCUGAGGAGAGUUCGCUCUGGUGUUCUGGGAGAGAGGGACAACCUGGUGACCAUGCACGAUGUGCUGGAUGCUCAGUGGCAGUAUGACCACAACAAGGACGAGACGUACCUGCGCAGAGUCAUCUACCCACUGGAGAAGCUUCUGGUGUCGCACAAACGUUUGGUCAUGAAAGACAGUGCAGUGAAUGCGAUCUGCUAUGGAGCGAAGAUAAUGUUGCCUGGUGUCCUACGAUAUGAGGAUGGCAUUGAGAUGAACCAAGAUAUUGUGGUGAUAACAACCAAAGGAGAGGCCAUUUGUAUAGCUACUGCCCUCAUGACUACUGCAGUGAUCUCCACGUGUGACCACGGUGUCGUGGCCAAGAUAAAGAGGGUCAUCAUGGAACGCGACACCUACCCCCGCAAGUGGGGCUUGGGGCCCAAGGCCAGCCAGAAGAAGAUGAUGAUCCAGAAGGGACUGCUGGACAAACGCGGCAAAGCCAACGACAGCACUCCAUCAGACUGGAAGGAUGGCUACGUAGAUUACAGUGCGUCCAAGCCCAAGGCUGAAGAAACCGGCAAUGGGGACGCGAAGAGGAAGAGGGAAGACAGUGAUAGUGAUGCUGCGGCAGCCUCUGCAUCUUCCACUCCAUUGGCAGAAGACCCCAAGAAGGAGAAGAAGAAGAAAAAGAAGGAAAAAAAGCAAAAACUGGAGCAGCCAGCUGCAGAGGCGGCGGAGCCAGCAGCAGAGACCGAAGGAGAGGUGGGCGAGAGUGCCAAGAAGAAGAAAAAGAAGAAGAAGAAGGAAGCGGAUGCAGAAGCGGAGUGAAGAGCUUAUGGACAAUGAAAGGACCGUAGAAUUGUGAGGGUCCAGAAUGUGUGCCUGCAGAUAUUUAUCCUACAGAUGCAGCUGAAGAGACAGCAGGCGGGGCAAGAACCGAGUAACAUUUUUUGUUUUGUUAAUCUGUCCAGAAUGACCACAAAUGGCGAAUCAUAAGGAGCUAGUCUUAUGAUCAUACAGUUGUGACAUCUCAACUAGAGCCAUUCAGGCCCUACCCAUGCCUGUGACAUUGUCUACCCAUAUCUGGGACUUUCAGGCCUUUACCCUACCCAGGCCCGAUUGCUGCUUUCACAUUUAAAGCCCGGCCCUACCUGAAAUCAGAAGUAACUUCCUCUGUUAAUAAAUCCAUUAGCGACUUCUCUCUGUCACUCAGUCCCUGGGCACAAGGCAGCUGGCUCUACAUGCACUCUGUGAAUAUCCACAGCAGCGGCUCCACUUAAGCUUCCCUGCUCAAUAAUCGAGACCUGUUAAGUACUUUUGUCACACUAAACUCCAACUCAAGAAACAUUUAUUUUCUGUGAAAUAAAUCUCUCCUGGUGUUUAUUUGCGGUUGAAGCACUUCUGACACAAUGUUCCGACUUUAGUCCGAUGUGACUAAUGUGCAGCAGAGCACUAGCAAGUGGCCCAGCUUAACAUGUUAGUGAUCAAUUUAGUGCUACCCAUACCCUAGUUAUUUUGAGGGAAACACAGGCCCAAACCUGAUGUAUAAUGUCGUGGUUGGGUAGCAGAGCCCUGAUUUCAACAAUCCCUGUAUGACCUUGCUUUUGUACUCAAAUCUUGUUUUUACGUGUUUUAACUACUGUCCCUAUGUGGACUUUGGUUUACUCUGGGCGUACCCUCGACUGUGUGAAAUGCCACGGGCAGUUUUUUUAUAUUGUACUGUAAAUACAAAUGAGCUGUAAACAUAAAUUGUCAUUUGAAAUGAAAUGUUUUUUUGUUAUGCUGCCGUUGUCCUGUCUACCCAGUGUCUAGGAUCUGAGGCUAUUUUCUGCAGUAUGAUGACUUGCAGGGGGAGAGGUAGAAUAAUUGAGUUUCGUAUUCAGAAGUACUUUUCACACCAACUGAUGGUGAAACAUGACCAGUAAUAUGGUGUAGGAGGGAAAUUGAAUUCAGUUUGAAAGUGCCUUACAUAUGCGGUAUACCUUUCUGAGCUGAGACCAUUUAAUGAGGUCAACAAAAUCAUUCACGAGGAACCUUGACAAUUUAAUGUAGAACACACAUUUUCCCUGUAUUUUAAUACAUGACCAUAUGGACAAUAUAGUUACGUGACAUUUCAUGACACCCUGUUUACAAUUGAACCCGAGAUAAGGAUACUGAUGAUGAAACCCUGUCAGGUAGUGUUACGUUCACAGUAGUGGUCCUCUAUGCAUUCACAUGCUAAUAAUCAGCUGCAGUCAUAUGGCACCCAUCAUUCAGCACCUGAAAAGCCAGAAGCACUAAGCUCUUACAAAGAUGUAAAAUAUCCCUUUGUGGUGAGUUUAAUUCUACUUUCUGAAAUAAAAUGGUAUCGUCUGUA